CAUAUCUGUGCAGUGCAAAGGGAGAGAGGAGGGCGCCCUCUGUUGAUGAAGACUGCAGCUUGAAAUGCAGCAGAAGCAGCAUCCGUUCAGGAGCCGCGGGGCCUGCGUGUCUUUUGUUGGUUGUUGGCAAUCGGCGAGCCUCCAGAUGUAGUUGAAGGAGCAUCACGUUGCCCCCACUGGUCCACAUACCCCCACACUGCAUGGCUUCACUUGCUGGUGUCUCACACCGUGUCUCCAUAAGCCCCGUCCUGCACACCCUCAUGCUGGGGUCUAAGGCCUCUCACAGACUGACCAAUGACUGCCUGGAUCGUUCUGCCUGUCAGCCUGUCUGCCUUCUCCAUCACAGGGAUAUGGAUUGUUUACGCCAUGGCAGUAAUGAACCACCAUGUCUGUCCUGUUGAGAACUGGUCAUACAAUUUGACAUGUACAGAGGAAACGGCUAAGAGGGGCUUCCCAAAGACCUGCUGCACUCUUCAAGACAUCCCCCUCAUUAGUAAAUGUGGUUGCUAUCCACCAGAGAGCUGCCUCUUCAGUUUGAUAGGCAAUGUUGGGGCAUUUAUGGUGGUUAUGGUGUGCAUGCUGCGUUAUGCUCAAGUGAUUGAACAUAGCCAUCAUUGCUGGACCAACACAAGUUCUUUGGUGUCCGGCUGCAUUAAUGCCCUGGGUUUAGUCAUGGUUGGCAACUUUCAGGUUGAUCAUGCCAAGACGCUUCAUUAUGUGGGAGCUGGUGUAGCUUUCCCUGCCGGCUUGUUGUUUGUGUGUCUGCAGUGCGUUUUGACGUAUCGUAUAGCAGAGACAGCGCUGGACUACUGGAUGGCGCAUGUGCGUGUGGCUCUCUCAGCUGGAGCUCUGAUAUCGCUUGUCCUCAGUGGUAUCUUCUUCGUCCAUGAGAGUUUUGUAUUGCAGCACGCCGCAGCCAUCUGUGAAUGGGUCUUCACGGUGCUGGUCCUGGUGUACUACGGCACCUUCACCUAUGAGUUUGGCACUGUCAACAGUGACACCAUCAUGGCAGCCUUAAUGAAACGCAGUCAACAUCACCAUCCGGGGUCAGCGGUCAUCAUGGGAGGUAUCGGAAAGGGUGUUGCAAUGGGAUGCGGUGCCCGCAGUCUAAAGUCACCUGGUGGCAGCAGCACUUCCACGCACCUCAACUGUACACCAGAAAGCAUCGCCAUGCUUUAGGGGUUAACCGCUAUGAUAUUCUCUCAGACCUCAGUGUAUAGACUCAGAACUCUUCUUCUGGAUCACGGAUUUGUGAAAAACUGGUGCAAGCAAUACAGAAUUACAGUAAGUUUACAGACUUGCUGAUUAUAAUCCAACAGUAAUGACCAGUUGGUCAUAACUAAGGUAUUUUGCAUGAUAUUUUGCAUUCAUUUUUAAGAUGACUCAAAGUACAGCCCUAGUAACCAGCACAGACAGUUCAUUCCCAUGAUUAAUGGGGCCUCUGAUAGAAAUGUUUCAAUUCACUCUGUUAAAACUGCAAUAACUCAUCUGUAAAGGUGCAUUCACACUGACAGCGAUUAAAUCGUUUAGGGUCAACAAGUUGACUGUUGGUGGCUAGUAGUAUUUCUGCAUCAGGAAAUCUUAUGGAGUGCUGCAGGGAUGACAUUUUUUUGUAGGCCAGAACAUUUUAGCACUUCCGGUUCAGGUGUCCUGAAAGUCGAUUGGGUUUUUGCUUAAAUUCCUGAAAAAGGGUCUGUGGUUAACUCAAGAUACUUUCAUGUUUUCCCCAUGUGAUUUUUUUU